AAACUGCCACUUACAAAAAAAGAGGAUCAGCCCAUUCCUGAAGAUUCUGGAAAUAUUCUGUUAUCUAAAGAAGAAAAAACAACUGUUGAUUUUUCAACGAAUACGUCAGAAAUUCCUGAAAAUCACGAUCAGAAUUUAAAGGCCAGGGAAGAACAUGAAAGAGAAAAUGAAGAAUCCCCAGGAAAACUGAAAGUGGCUGAAGAGGUCGAAAAACUCGCUGGACAAGUGGACAUCUGGGAGGCAGAAACUAAAUCCGUCUUGGGUCUUCUGAGACAUGAAGAUGCCCAGGCGAGCUCUGUAGAAGAGGCUUUGCAGCACCUCUGUGCCAAAGGCUCUAUGUUUGAAGAACUUCUGGCCAGAACUGAAGAUGCUUUGCAAAUGGAUGUUCAAAAUAUUUCAGGCCCAGAGUCUCUCCAGCAUGUGCUCAUGGUUGGCCUUCAAGCGAAGAUUCAAGAAGCUAAUGAGAAAAUCCAGAUCACUAUGGUAAAACUCAGUGCAGCACUGAAGAACUCAACUGAGACGUCGCUGGAGUCGGACGUUAAGCGCAAGGUGGAAGAGUCACAGAGGGAGCUUGAGUUGUACAUGAAGAGAGCUGAACAGUUAUUGGGACAAAGAGACAGCCAUGGGGACCUCAUCUCAAAAUACAAGGAAGCACUAAGGAUUUCUAACGCAAAUAGUCUGGGCAAGUAUUUGAAAGCUGUUGAAGAACUGGAGCUCAGUGUCCCUGAAGAGGCAAAGCUGUCCCUGGAGGAGGAGAGUGGGGCUGCCCGUGCCAAGUGGGAGUCGCUUCAUCAUGAAAUUUCGUUGUAUAUUCAACAACUAAAAAUAGACAUUGAAAAAGGAAAACUUCAAGACACAAUUUCAAAACUUGAAAAGCAAAUAAAUAAAGAAAAGAAACUUAUUCGUAGAGGAAAGAGCAAGGGUCUCAUCAAUGAGCAUAAGGCUUGCUUUGCUAAGGACGGCAUCGUGGGCCAGCUUGACCACCACAUGGGCGUCCUGAGGGUGCUGUCUGAGGAGCUGGCUUCGCAGGAGAAGCAACAGGAAGUGAAGCAAGCCCUCAGAGAUUAUGAACAGAAGAUAGAGAGACUUCUGAAGAGUGCUUCCGAGAUUCUCAGGACACUGCAGGCCCCUGCAGGAAUUUCAUCGAAAGUCCAGGGGACUGUGACCACAACAGAGAAUGGUGGAAAGGAUUCCCACAGUGAGGAGCCAUUUGCAAAAUCAGAUAAUCAGCCAGCAGCUGAAAAGGCAAUGGAAGCCAUUAAGAAUUACAGCCAGGCCUCAGAGUUAAAGCCACAGCGAGAAGAAAGCAUUAUGGGAAAGGAUGGAAAGGAUGAGAACACACCUAUAAAUAAGUUACAAGAGAGCUAUGAUGCACACAAAAAGAUUCUUGAACUACAUCUGCAGAACAACCAAUUCAGGAUCACUUGUGAUUUCUCUAAUGAGAAGGAGUGGAGGAGUGCGUGUCUGCAGGAGAAGCUGAAAGACCUGCAGCUCUUAAAAAAUGAAACGGAGGCUUGCUGGAAAGAGUUUGAAACCAUCUCAUCGAAGUUAGAAAAUCUUGUGAGUGACACGGAGAAGCCUGUUAUAGUUAAGACAAGAGCUACAUUAAAGGGAAAAGAAAGCACCUUUCAGAUGCCUCUUAAGACCAGGUUGGAGUCCUUAGAGCUGGCACUGCAGGUGGUAUCACCCGUGGAGGAACAGUCUUUACUCCUGUGUGGUUCGGACCUGGCUCUCGGGGAGGUGACCAUCCGGGAAUUUCAUCUUGUGGAUGCUGAUGGUGUUUACCAAAACCUGAGGAGUAUGCAAGAUUCCAUUGCAAGACAGAUCGCUAUGUGUAGGGACUUAGAAGAGCCAGGCAACUCUGUCUUGAGGGGAUUGCACCCCAGUGACGCAGGGGCCGUGCAGCACAUUCUGCUGGCAUGCAGAGCUCAGCUGGAGGAGGCGAGCCGCAGGGUGCAGAUGGGCGAGGGCGUCCUGGCCGCCCUGCAGGAGCUGCUGUCUGCUCUAGCAGCCCUGAAGCGCCCUGAGGAGCCUGUCAUGGAGCUGUCAGGCUCGGCUGUACCAGGGACACCAGGAAAUACUUUAACAGAAAGAGAUACAGAGAGAGAAAUUCAGCUGAUGAAAGCCCAGGCCGGACAGCUGGAUGAGCACUUGCGGAUGCUUGGUAUAACCUUUAAGGAUGCUGAGCGAGGUGGAGAGUCCACUUGUGAGAAACUUGUAGAUGCCGCAUCCGCAGAGGUACUGGACACACGGGGCCCUGGCAUGCAGCGGGAACUUGCUGAGGACAACAAACUGUUAGAGGCCUGUAGCUCCAAAAAUAAUGAGCUCUUCAAAAAUAUUCAAGACGUGCAGAAGCAGAUGAGUGAAAUUGGUCUUAAGGAUCCCACUGCUCCAGCUGUAAAACAUCGGAAAAAGUCCUUAAUCAGACUAGAGAAGGAUUUAGAUGGAUAUGAAGCAGAGAAAAAACACUUGGAGGAAAUGGCCAGUUCUCUUCCACAAUUCAAAGAUGGCAGAGAAAAAAUUGUGAAUGAACAGUGCCAAAGCACGGUGCUGCUGUGGGAUAGCACAAAGACUGCUGUCACCGAGUGCCUUGAACAGUGUGGAAGAGUUCUGGAGCUCUUGAAGCAGUAUCAGAAUUUUAAAAGUGUGUUGACGACUUUGAUUCAAAAAGAAGAGACUGUCAUUUCCCAGCAGGCUUCCUACAUGGGCAAGGAGAACCUGAGGAAGCGGAUGGCUGAGAUUGAAAUCGUCAAAGAAGAAUUCAGUGAGCAUUUAGAAGUAGUAGAUAAGAUAAACCAGAUCUGCAAAAAUCUACAGUUUCAUCUCAAUAAAAUGAAAACUUUUGAAGAACCCCCCUUUGAAAAAGAGGCUAAUGUUAUUGUGGAUAGAUGGCUUGAUAUAAAUGAAAAGACAGAAGAAUACUAUGAAAAUCUUGGUCGAGCUCUGGGUUUGUGGGACAAGCUUUUUAACUUAAAAAAUUUCAUUGAUGAAUGGACUGAGGAGACCCUUCAGAAGCUGGGCUCACAUCCCCUGACGGAAGAGGACAGGGAGCAGCUGAAGGAAGAGUUGCAAGUGCAUGAACAACAAACAUCAGAAUUUUCUAGAAGAGUCUCCGAAAUUCAGUUUCUGCUUCAAAGUAGUGAAAAGCCACUUGAACUACAGGUCAUGGAGUCGUCAGUGUGGAAUAAGAUGGAAGACGUGAAGCAGCGCGUAACCGGAGACGCCAGCAGCCGCGCACUGGGCGGGAGCCAGGCUGAGCUGAGGGAGGAUCUGGACCAAGCCAAGACCCAGAUCGGGAUGACCGAGUCCCUCUUGAAAGCGCUGUCUCCUUCGGACAGCUUGGAGAUCUUCACCAAACUCGAGGAGAUACAGCAGCAAAUUCUACAGCAGAAGCACAGCAUGAUAAUACUUGAAAAUCAAAUAGGUUGUCUCACUCCUGAACUCUCAGAUUUGAAGAAGCAGUAUGAAAGCGUUAGUGAUUUAUUUAAUACUAAAAAGAGUGUUUUGCAAGAUCACUUUUCGGCAUUACUGAAUGAUCAAUGCAAGAACUUUGACGACUGGUUCAGCAAUGUGGAAAUGAACCUUAAGGAAUGUUUUGAAUCAUCAGAAACAAAAAAGGGUGUGCAACAAAAGCUGCAGAAACUUUCUGAGUUCUUGAGUCUUGAAGGAAGAAGUGGGAAAAUCCAGCAGGUGGAGACGGUGCUGCAGCACGUGAGGAAGCACCUGCCCAAAGCACGCGUGAAGGAACUCAGCAGCUGGCUGAGGAGGCAGGAGCUUGCGUUAGAGAAGACGGAGUCCGCGUGCCGGGCCCGUGCGCAGGAGCUGGAGCGCCACCUGCAGCAGCUGCGGAGACUGGAGGAUGACUGCAGAAACCUGAGCGAGUGGUUGAUUAAUCAAGAAGAGAAAUGGAAAGAAACCGAACACUCAGGAGAGAAAGCUGAGCUGUUUUGCCAGGCUCUAGCUAGAGAGAGGGAGCAGUUUGAAUCCGUGGCCCACUUGAGCAACUUUAUGAAGGAACAUGGACUUACUGAGGAGGAAGCAGCAAUCAUGGAGUCAACCCAUUUGAUGGACAGAUACCGGACAUUACUGGCACAGUGCAGUGGAAUUGAGGAAGAGCAUAAGUUAGCGUCUGUGGAGGGCCAGAGCUUUCACGAUCUUGCACGUGAUGUAAUUCAUUGGAUAAAGGAGAUUAAAGAGUCGCUUAUGGCUUUGAAUUCCUCCGAAGGCAAAAUGCCACUUGAAGAAAGAAUCCAAAAAAUAAAGGAAAUCAUUUUACUCAAGCCCGAAGGGGACGCCAGAAUACAGGCCAUCGUGAGACAGGCCCAGGGCUGUGAGGCGGCAGUGCAGGGUCAGGAGAUGGUGGCCGACAUCCGAGGGCAGUGGGACAGCACGCUGCACUUGGCCAGCACAUACCUGAGCCACCAAGAGAAGCUUGUGCAAGAAGGAGAGAAAUACCUGCAGAGUAAAGAGGACCUGAGGUUAAUGCUCAUCGAGCUCAAGAAGAAGCAGGAGGCCGGCUUCGCCCUGCAGCACGGCCUGCAGGAGAAGAAAGCCCAGCUAAAAAUUUAUAAGAAAUUCCUCCAGAAAGCCCAAGAUUUAACGUCCUUGCUAAAGGAGUUAAAAGCGCAAGGAAACUACCUGUUGGAAUGCACAAAGAAUCCCAGCUUUAGCGAAGAGCCAUGGCUGGAAAUUAAAGAUCUUCAUGAAAGUCUGCUUCAGCAACUGCAGGAUUCUGUGCAGACACUGGAGGGCCACGUUCAGGAUCACCACUCCUACCAGGUUUGCGUCACAGACUUGAAUACCACCUUGAACAGUUUCUCUAAGGACUUGGUCAGCUUUUCUGAAACACCUGUGGACCGAGCAGCCAUUGAGGACAGACUGCAGAAACUGCAGGAACUAGAGGAUAGACUCCGUUUACAAGACAGCACAUUAAAGAAGAUUUUAGCAUUAGCAGAAUCCAUCAAGCCAAACACAUCUUCAGUGGGACAGAAGAUUAUUAAAGAUGAUAUAACAUCACUUAAGCAUAAACAAAGAGAUCUGGAAACCAGCAUUGCUCUUGCGAAGCAGGAGACUGAAAAUUGCCUCAACAGCCUUCUCAAAGCAAAACGUUCAACAGAAAAGCCAGAGAAGCCUGCGCCGCCCGACGGAGAGGCGCGGGCCACUUGUGGUGCGCUGGAGUCCUCUGGGGACUCUGCGGCCCAGGGAGAGCUGGAGGGAGGCUGCGCUGUAAACAAGAAUUCAGCUGUGGAAAUGGCUUUGUCAAAACAACUUUCUCUCCAUGUUCAAGAAAGCAUGAAAAGCAUUGACAGUGAGGAGAAAGUCAGUGAGCUGCAAAAUCAACCUUUAGAGUUAGACGCUGUGUUAAGAGAUGAGCAGCUAAAAGCGAUAGAGGAAUUAUAUACCCAGUUGGAAGCCAAGAAAGAUGCCAUCGAAACACUGGCUCAGUCCGAGGGGCUGCCGAGCGCAGACACAAGGGCCCUGGGUCUCCACGACACAAGAUGGUCUCCUCACCACCUGGAUGGUCUGCUUAAGGCGCUUUCGACUCUGAAGAAAGAUAAAGGAAGCCAGUACCGUCUCCUGCAAGACUUCCAGGAACGCCUCGCUGCACUCGAAUCCUCCUUGGAAGCCUCCAUGGUGGAGAAGGGGAGUCUCAAAGCGGGACCACUGGACAGUGAAAUGUACCUGGACAAAAUUAAGAAGUUCCUGGAAUCAAUAGAAAAAGAAAAAGGUUCCUUAAUCGAGUUGCAGGUCCAGUGGGAGAUGUUGUCCAGCCGCGUGGCUGACAUGGAUAAGCAGCUGUUGCAGAGCCGGAUGAAGCAGCUGGAGCGUGGUUGGGAACACCUGGAACAGCUGGCUCAGAGGAAGUAUGCUCAGCAUGUAGUGGAGUGUGAUGAAUUCACCUCGCUCAGAAAUGAGAUCCAUGACCUCGAGAUUUCUCUGCAGCAGCAGCAACAGCGGUGGCUACAGUUAGGGCCGAACUUCCUAGCAGAGCAGGAUGGGAGCCAAAGCAUCGUUGCCCUGGCCGCUGAGCUCCAGGCCACCAGGCAUGAAUCUGCUGCUGUCAGGAGUCGAGCUGAAGUGCAGAUGAAGAGGAUUUGGGGAGAAAAAGAGAAAAAGAUUUUGGAAGAUGCAGUGCAUAAUUUGAAGAAGCAGUGGGAAGCCUUGGAGCCAUUAAACUUGCAGUUGGAAAGUCAUAUUAAGAAGUGUGACAUAAAGAACAAGCUGAAGGAGACGCUUGUGUGGGUCAGGAAUCUGUCCGGUGAACUCACGCUUCCCGUUUCCCUUCUUCCUGAAGACAUCCUUUCACAGCUCAGAAGAUGCAAGGUGAUAUGUGGUGACAUUCUGGACAAGCAGCAGGCCAUGGAGGCCUUGGUUGAUGAGGUUCGAGCUCUUGUUCCUAGCCUUACCGCAUGUGAGAGAGAGAAUUUAAAUAGCAUCCUGGAGGACUUACAGAACCAGUACCAAAUGCUAGUUUUAAAAUCAACUCAGAGGUCUCAGCAAUUAGAGUUUAAAUUGGAAGAAAGAAGCAAAUUAUUUGAAAUGAUGAGGGAGGCUCAGCUGGCUCUUCGAGGACAUGAAGCUCUGAUAAUUCCCAACACAGACACGGCCCCCACAGAAGCCGAACUGGAGCAUCGCCAUGCGGCUCUGAGAGCAUCCCAGAAGGGCCUGCAGGAGGUUGAGAGUCUGAUAUCAGCACGUCUUCAGGAGCUAACAGACGUCUAUGAGGAUCUUAGUGUGUUUGAGAGAUUAUUUUUGCAUAAUCAUUUGAAUAAUCUGAAGACUGGAGUUAACAGAAUUCAAAGAUGCAUUCAGAGUAAGUGCAAUGAAGUAGAACACAAGGUAAGUUCUUACAGAGAAUUUCAUGAAAGCAAAUCCAUGCUUCAGGAGGAGCUUGACAGCAUCCAGCACAGCGACCUACCACUGAAUCCAGAAACCAGUCAAGACCGCAAAGAGGAGUUUCAGCGUCUUAAGGACAGACUUGCUGGUAUUCGGUGUAGCAUCUUACGAGUCCUGAAACUUAGAGAGGUGUUUGACGAUGCAGGACUGAGCUGGGAUGGUUCGCAGCUUGACCAGUUACAAACCCAAGUGUUAGCAAAAGAAAAGGAACUUGAAGAAAAAGUCAAGCAGUUGGAUGUAUUUGUGACAGAACAUGGCAAAUACCAAGCAUUGCUGAGUCAAAUGAGGGCUACGGAUUUGCAAAUUAAAAAAAAGGCUGAAUUAGUGCUAAAAUCUCCUACUCCUUCACCAGAAAGCAGUCUUCUCGGUGCUCAAAUUUUGACUGAGAAAACUAAGAAAGCCCAGCGCUUAUAUAAUGACAUAAUUGAAAGAUUGAGUAAAAAUAAUGCCUUCGAAGAUUCAUUCAAAGAAAAAGAAAUUGAAAAGCUAAAGCUGGCAGCUGAAGAAAAUGCUGAGUUGCACAGGGCUCUCCAAAACGUGGUACAGUUCCAGCCCGAGGAAGUAGAUGAAAAGCGUUUUCAAGACAAACUGGAAAAUUCUUUACAUGUUUUGAAUGGGAUAAAAUCUCAACUAGAGCAGCCUCUGCUUAUAAAUUUGGACAUUAGUCAUAUUCAGAAUGAGAAGGAUAAUUGUGAAACACUUCAGGACCAAGUUCAUGCUGCCUUGUACAGUGUCAGAGCUGUGACUCUUGCCAAGAAGCAGAGAGAGGAAAGCUCCUCUGACCCUAGUGACGUGGAAACAAAGUUGCAUGACGUGGAAGAUCUUCAGAUGCAGCUUAGCAAAAACAUUGACUUACGCACAAAUGUCCUGAAUAGUGCUUGUGAAAAUCUCACGUGCUAUGGUGAAGCCGUCAGCAGGGCCAUGGGAAUCCUGGCAUCCCUCAAAGCCGCAUUUGUGUCCUGCACAGUGGACCUGCACGAUCCAGAGGAAUCACUGGCCAGGUCUGGUUGGAAGCAAGAGGAGUUGGAAUCCACAAUAAUGCUCAUCAAAGACCUCACUGAGAAACUGGGAUCUGUGUCCAGUCCAGAGGCCAAAAUGCAGCUUCAGCACACUCUGCAGGACCUCGUUUCUAGGAGCCUGCCCUUGAAAGAGGCAGCCGCUGCACAGGAAGCAGAGGUGGCCAGAUGUCUUGAGGAUUACAGAUGCUACAGAAGCGCUAAAGAAGACAUGUGUACUCGCCUCCAGAAAGCAGAGACCACCCUGAGGCUCGCCGUGUGCCUGCUGCCCGUGUCUUAUAAAGAAGCUCUGGGGCGCUUGGAGCAGAGCAGGGCCCUGGUGUCCGAUCUCGUGUCCGCCGAGGAGGGGCUGAUGCAGCUGCGCAGGGCCGCCCAGCGCCUGGGGCGCAGGUGCACGGAGGGCGCCGGCGAGGGCGUGCGCGGGGCCCCGGCGGCGGCGCUGUGGGAGCGCUGGCUCUGCGCGCUGGAGGCCGCCAGGGAGUGGGCGCUGUGCAGCGAGCACUUGGCGCAGGAGUGGAAGUGCAUCAGCGAGGAAGUUAAACGAGAAGCAAUUAUUCUAGAAAAUCUUCAAGAGGAACUCCCAGAAAUUUCUCAAAUGAAAGAGGCCGCCAGCACAGAGGCACUGUCUGAGGCGCUGGCCUCCCUGUGCCAGUGCGAGGAGAGUGUGCAGAAGCAGCAGCUGGUGCUGACUCUGCUCGUGCAGCGCACAAAAAGCAUCCGGGAUGUUCCAGAAGGUUCUGACGGGACAGGAACAGUGCGCGUCCUUCAGGAGCUCGUGUCCAUGCAAGAGCGAUGCAACAAGCUUCUUCAGAAAGCUCAAGGCAGUAAGGAACUGAUACACACUGAAAUCCAGGAACGACUUUCCUUCUCAAAAGAAAUCGUUGCUUUGAAGAAUUUAUUUAUGCAGAGCACAAUUUCUUUGCAAAACAUGGCCUCAGAGGGUCACCCCGAGUGGGCAGAGCAGUUGGAGGAGCUUCAGAGCUUUGUUGAGAAAGGGAAGCUAACAUUUGGGAAUAUUAUGGAAAAACUGCGCAUCAAGUAUUCCGAGAUGUAUACCAUAGUCCCUGCCGAGAUUGAAUCCCAGGUGGAAGAGUGCAGAAAAGCGCUAGAAGACAUAGAUGAGAAGAUAAACAGUGAAGGCUUGAAGAGCUCGCCAUCCUGUGGGAUGGGCAGGAAGAUACAGGAGAUUAACAGUGGGCUCCAGCAGGUUGAGAAGAUGCUGCAGGAGAAGAGCGAAAACAUUGAGAAAGCCCAAGAAAUUCAAAAGAAAAUAUGGGAUGAUCUAGAUCUCUGGCGUUCCAAGCUAAAUGAGCUGGAUUCCGAAGUUCAGGACAUCGUUGAGCAGGACCCAGGACAGGCUCAGGAAUGGAUGGACCACCUGAUGAUUCCUUUCCAGAAGUAUCAGCAAGUGUCACAGAGGGCAGAAUCCAGAACCUCCCAGUUAAACAAGGCCACUGCAAAGAUGGAGGAGUACAGUGACCUUCUGAAGAGCACUGAGGCUUGGAUAGAAAAUACCAGUCGUUUGCUGGCCAAUCCUGCGCACUGUGACUCAUCUAAGACGCUCAGUCACCGCGCCGGCGCCCUGCAGAUUGCUCUGGAAGAUUCUGAGCAGAAGCACAAUCUUUUACUUUCAAUUUUCACGGAUCUAGAAGAUUUGUCAGUCAUUUUUGAAACAGGCAAUUUAAUACAGUCCAUUCAAGAGUUAAGUAAUCAAGUGGCAGCUUUACAGCAACAAAUAAUGGAAAGCCUUCCACAUAUCCAGCGAGUAGCUGAUGAUGUGGUCGCUAUUGAAUCCGAAGUAAAAUUAAUGGAGAAAAAAGUUUCAAAAAUCAAAACUAUCCUGUUAUCCAAAGAACUAUUUGACUUUUCACCUGAAGAACAUCUUAAGCAUGGGGAGGUCAUACUGGAAAAUCUCCGUCCCAUGAAGAAGACCAUCGCUGAGAUCCUGUCUUACCAGGUGGAGCUGAGGCUGCCGCAGCCAGAGAUGAGCCCACUGCCCGUGUUCCAGAGGACAAAUCAGCUUUCACAAGACAUAAAGCUCUUGGAAAAUCUGACUCAAGAGCAAAAUGAGUUAUUAAAGAUGGUCAUAAAACAGACUAGCGAAUGUGAUGAGGAAAUAGAAAAUUUGAAGCAGACCUUAAGUGACUGUUCAGCCGAGUUCUCCCUUGAGCACGUGUCACCAGCCCAGGCCACCGACCUGCCAGCAGUCCAGGAGGAAGUCAAAGAUUCAGAAAAGCAGAUUCUGAGUUUAAGCCAGAAAAAGGAAGACCUAUUAGUGGGUUUGAAGGCAGCCAUCUUAACCCUCCACCAGCAUUUGAAGCAAGAACAGCAGGACACUGAAGGAGCCGGCCUGUCCCCUGUCGCCUCAGAAUGUAGAGCGGCUGAGAGAGAUGCUCUGGAGUGGAAGCGGGACAGAAGGGGCUCCAUGUCCUUCCUGCCAGCGGUCGAGGAGGAGGCCGAGGAAAGCUCCAUGCACAGUGAAGAUGGACACGAGGAAACCAGGCUGUCUUCAGAGUCCCGGGCUGUACUCUGGGAGCAGGACAAGGACCUGGAGGAAGAGGAGGCGGCCUCAUCCUCUGACACUGUCAUCCAGGAGGCAAGGAUGAAAAUCAGCACAUGUGACAGUUCCAUGACACAGACUCAUGUGCCAGACUCACCAGACACCAAGCAAGGCCCAGAAUUCUCCCCGGGGCUCAGCCAGACAGAAAAGGGUGCCACACCUCCAGCCGAGCCUGCAGCUCUGGCCUUUGCUGACGAGCAGAGACCUUUGGGACCCACGGUGGAACAAGCCGAGCUGCGGCCUGGAGACGUCCUCCAUGUCUGCCAGACCCAGGUGGCCAAGCUGGAGCUAUGGCUGCGGCAAGCCAGCGUGGCAUUUGAGCCGGAAACGUUAAACGCAGACAUGCAGCAGGUGGUGGAGCAGGAGCUGGUCGGGUGCCAGGCCAUGCUGACAGAGAUCGAGCACAAGGUUGCCUCGCUGUUAGAGACUUGCAAAGAGCAGGGCCUGGGAGAUGGUGGCGCAACCCAGCACGAAGCUGAAGUUCUUUCUCUGAAACUCAAAACUGUGAAGUGCAACUUGGAAAAAGUCCAGAUGAUGCUUCAGGAGAAGUACAGCGAGGACCAGCUUCCUGCCGUUCUCAAGCAACCUUCAGAACAUCAAGAAGUUCUCCAGCCCCUUCACUUGUCAGAACUGGAAUCUGUUAUAGCUGAAAAGCCACAGUUUAACAGAGUGAAAGAUGCCCCACAGCAACAGGUUCUGGAGUUAAAGCCAAUGGAACAGAAAGAUUUAAUCAAAUUCAUAGAAUUUAAUGCUAAGAAAACAUGGCCACAGUAUUGCCAGCAGGAUAAAGAUACAACUCAGGGAUCAUCUAUAAGUAUCAAAGCAUCUGACUCUGAGAAUGAAGCCCUAGACUCCAUGCUUACGUCGCAGGGCCAGAGCGGUGACAAAUGGCAGUAUCUUCGUCGUGAGCUGGUGUCAAGACUGCAGCUGCCUCUGCCUCAGGCUGUGGAGCCCCAGAUUGCUGCAAGUAUGAGCAUUCUGCCCUGUGUGAGUGUGUGCAACUUCAGAUACUCUAUGGUUGAAGAGCUAAAAACCUGCACGACCCAACUGGAAGACCUGUGCCAGGAAGCUCAAGACCUUCAGACACAGGACAAUGUGACAGCAGAAGCACUCGUCAGUUUGGACAAGAAGUUAUUCGACCUCUGCCUGACACUCAGUCAGUGCCUCGGCAACGUGGAGGAGCUGCAGCAGAUGCCGGGGCUGCUUCGCGAGGACGCGCCGGGCCAGCAGGCGCACUGUGAGGAGCUGGCUCUUGAGCUGAAGAAACUGUGCUUGGCUCUGGGUGACAGGAAGAAUGAUACUUGGCCUGGCACGAAUGCCAGCUUGCUCCGUGACUGCUUCAGUGGCCUCCACGCCUGCCUAGAGCGAGCGCAGGUGAAGGCUGCCUGGAGAAGCAAGUCGCUGAAAGCUGGCCUCGACUACGCCCGCAGCUAUCAGAAUGAGAUAAAACGACUAUAUGAUCACGUGAUCAAGAGUAAGACAGCCCUUCAGCAGUCCUUGAAUGAGAUCAGUGGCCAAAGUAUUGGUGACCAGCUCCAGAAAGCAGACGCAUGUACAGCAGAGCUGCAGAACUUGGAGAACCGCGUGGCCAAGCUGAGAGAUGAAGGGCAGAGACUGGGCUUACCUUCCACAGUCCUGCAGGAGGUGCACAAGUUAGAGGAUGUACUCGACAGCAUGUGGGGCAUCCUCAGAGCCAGGUACUCAGAACUCAGCAGCCCUUUUGCCUCCGAGAGCCAGCUGGAUGCCUUGCUGCAGGGCCUGGGUGAGCUGGUCAGUAUCGGGAAGGAGAAGCUGGCGCAGGGCCACUUACAGCAAGCCAAGAGUAAAGCUGCCCUCCAGGCCCAGCUGCAGAAUCAUAAGGUGUUUUUCCGGAAACUUGUUGCCGACAUGCUGUUGAUCCAGACAUACUCUGCCAAGACGUUUCCUUCUUUAUUACAAAAGAGAGAGACAUUUUGGGCAGAACAAGUAACAGAAAUUAAGUCCCUGGAAGACAGGGCUCAGCAGUGUGGCACGAGGCUUCAGGGUUUGCUGCAGAAAUGGGAAGAAUUUGAUGAAAACUAUGCUUCCCUGGAAAAGGAGCUGGAAAUUCUUGUCUCGACACUGCCUUCUGUGGGUCUGGUGGAAGAAACCGAGGAAAGACUCGUGGAGAGGCUUUCGCUGUACCAGCAAAUCAAAAGGAACGUUGAAGGAAAGCAGGCCCGGCUGUACCAGACCCUGAGUGAAGGCAGACAGCUGGCGGCGUCUGUGAGCUGCCCGGAGCUGGAGGGCCAGAUCGCUCACUUGGAGGAGCAGGGCCUGGCCCUGGACAGGAAAACGGACCACGAGCUCCACAGACUGCACACGCUGCUCAGGCAUCUGCUCAGUUACAACAGAGAUUCGGAUGAAUUAACCAAGUGGUUGGAAUCAUCUCAGCAAACCUUGAAUUACUGGAAAGAACAGUCCCUCAGUGCGUCUCAGGACCUGGAUACAAUCAGAAGCAGCAUAAAGAACUUUUUCGAAUUUUCCAAAGAAGUGGACGAGAAGUCUUCCCUGAAGACUGCAGUCAUGAGUACGGGAAACCAACUUCUACAGCUCAAAGAGACAGACACCGCCACGCUGCGGGCUGCCUUAACACAGUUUGAACAAAAGUGGACCCUGCUCAUCACCCAGCUUCCAGACAUUCAGGAAAAGCUUCACCAACUUCAGAUGGAGAAAUUGCCGUCUCGCAAAGCAAUCGCAGAAAUGAUUGGCUGGAUGAACUGUGUAGAACACCAAAUGGCCGAUGAGGAGGCUGCACAAGCCCCGAGUUCUGCGCCUCAAGUGAAGAGGCAGCUUCAGAAGCUGAAGGCGUUUAGAAUGGAAAUGGACUACAAACAGUGGAUAGUGGACUUUGUUAACCAGUCACUACUGCAGCUGAGCACCUGUGACGUCGAAAGCAAGCGCUAUGAAAGGACGGAGUUUGCGGAGCACUUGGGCGAGAUGAACCGCCAGUGGCACCGCGUGCACGGAGCCCUGAAUCGAAAGAUACAGCAUUUAGAACAGCUUCUGGAAAGCCUCAUGGAGCAGGAGAGCAAAGUACAGAUGCUGGACAGCUGGCUGCAGGCGCAGGAGGAGAGGCUGAACACCUUGCAGACACCUGCACGCGUGCUCUCGGUUGGGAAGCUGCUCCUGGACUGUCAGGACAUAGAAAAUCAACUCGCAGCCAAAUCCAAAGCCCUGGAUGAGUUGAGACAAAGCCACCUGACUUUGGAGAGUGGGACCACACCAUGGUUAGAAGAUCCAGUAUCUGGAAUCGAUGUGUUGUUUCAAAAGAGGAGCCGUGUGGUCGAUCAGGUCUCCCGGCUCAGAGCCUCCAUGCAGGCAGUGCUGGCGGCCCAGAAGAGCUGCGAGCACCUGUACGAGGAGGCGCAGGGGACGGUGAUCCGGUGCAGGUACCGUGUGGAGCACAGCGCGCCUGAGGUCCCGUCCCUGGAGGCCCUGGCGUGCCAGGUGCAGGCCCUGCAGAGUCUUCAAGACGAAGCUGAGAGCAGCGAGGGGAGCUGGGAGGAGCUGCAGGAGAUGAUCGGCAGACUCAGAGAGCCCUGCCCCGCAGUGGCCCAGAUCAUGGAGGAGAAGCGCCAGCAUGCUCACGCCAGGUGGACCCAGGUAAACCAAAGCCUUGCAGAUGAGUUGCAGAAGGCCCGAGGUCUGCUCCAGCUCUGCAAGGCCUGUCACGGCGCCCACACAGAGGCCGCAGCCAGGCUGGAGCAGCAGGAAGCCAAGUUCCAGCAGCUUGCGAAAAUCAACAUGUCUGGAAACAACCUGGCGGAGACCCUGCCGCUGGCCCUGCAGGACACACAGGAACUGCAGCACGAUGUGCAGAAGACAAAAGCCCUGCUCCAGAACGCCAUGCCGUUGGAUCAGCUCCCGCAGUCUGCAGAUUCCGGUGUCCCCGAGCUUCUUUCUGGGCAGCUGCACGCCCUCCAGAGAGCUGCUUAUUUGGAAAAGAUGCUGCUUAGAAAAGCAAACGAAUUUGAGUUUGUUCUUUCACAGUUUAAGGAAUUUGAAGAGCAGCUGGAGUCUUUACAGGCUCUUAUUGUCCAAGAAGAAGAGAAUUUGGAUAAACUUUACCAGCUAGAGAAAGAAGAAAAUCCUGACUCAUUCCUGAAUCAUGUGCUGGCGCUGACAGCCCAGGCUCCCGCCAUGGAACAUCUGAAUGAGGUCAGCCUCAGGCUCCCACUCAGUGACGUGGCCUUGAAGACUCUGCAGCAGGUGAACCGGCGGUGGGUCCGGGCCACGGCCACAGCGCUGGAAUGCUGCAGUGAGCUUCAGAAAAUCGGACUCCAUGAAAAAUUUCUUCCUUACUGUGAAAAGUGGGUCCACCUCUUGGAGAGGACAGAAGAGGCACUUGCAGGAAAUGUUGCCCACAGCCUUCCAGCUCUCCGGGAACAGCAGAAGACAUGCGAGACGCUAGAAGCUGAAGUUUCUAUGCACCAGACGAUUGCUGAUUCCUACGUCACCCAGUCCUUACAGCUCCUGGACACUGUUGAAGUAGAGAAGAAACCGGAAUUUGUCUCAGAAUUCUCCAAACUGGUGGACCGGUGGCAGAGUGUGGUCCGGGGCAUUCGGCAGAGGAAGCUAGAGGUCGCCCAGCUGGUGCAGCAGCAGCAGUCCUUCUCCACCUCCUCAGAGGACCUGCUCCGCUUCCUCAGGGACACCAGCCUCCUGCUGUCUGCAGUGAAGGGCCAGGACCGCUACGGCCUCCUCCAGACCAGAGGUCUGAUCCUUGAGCUGAAGAAUAAAGAAACCCAUUUUCAGAGACGGCAAACCGCCUAUGCACUGGCUUUGGAAGCCGGGGAGAAGUUGCUGAACUCACCUGAUCCAGAAGCAAAAGAAGCAGUUGACCAGAGAAUCAAUCAGCUUCGGGAAAACUGGGAGGACACAAAGCUCCAGCUAGGAGAGAUGAUUAAACAGCUCCAGAACACUGUAGAGACCUGGGACCAGUGUGAAAAGAAAAUCAAGGAGUUCAAAAGCAGGCUGCAAGCUCUACAGGUACAAAGUAAGAGCCCUCUCCCGGAGCUGCACGAGGAACUCCACAAAGAAAAAGAGCGGAUGAAGGAACUAGAGAAGUCUUUGGCUAACUGGACUCAAAACUUGAAAGAGCUUCACACCAUGAAGGCUGACCUCGCUGUGCAUGUUCUCGCUGAGGACGCGAUGGCCCUGCAAGAGCAGAUUGAGCACUUGCACAGACAAUGGGAGGACCUCUGCCUCAGAGUGGCCGCCCGCAAACAGGAGAUCGAGGACAGGCUCCACUCAUGGAUCGAGUUCAAUGAAAAAAAUAAAGAGCUGUGUGCAUGGCUGGUGCAGAUGGAAAACAAAGUUCUACAGACAGCGGAUAUUAGCAUCGAAGAAAUGAUUGAGAAGUUACAGAAGGACUGCAUGGAAGAGAUAAACUUGUUCAGUGACAACAAGUUGCAGUUACAGCGAAUGGGCGACCAGCUCAUCAAGGCCAGCAGCACGGCGAGGGCCGCUGAGGUCAGUGACAAGCUCCACAAGAUCAGUGAUCGCUGGCAACAUCUUUUCGAUGUCAUUGGAUCCAGGGUGAAGAAGCUGAAGGAGACAUUUGCUUUCAUCCAGCAGUUAGACGGAAACAUGAGCAACCUUCGCACCUGGCUGGCAAGAAUCGAGUCGGAGCUGUCUAAGCCGGUUGUUUAUGAAGUGUGUGAUGACCAGGAGAUCCAGAAAAGGCUUGCUGAGCAGCAGGAUCUGCAGCGAGACAUUGAACAGCACAGUGCAGGGGUGGAGUCGGUGUUCAACAUUUGUGAUGUUCUGCUGCACGACUCUGAUGCCUGUGCCAACGAGACUGAGUGUGACUCGAUCCAGCAGACCACCAGGAGCCUGGACAGACGCUGGAGGAACAUCUGCGCCAUGUCCAUGGAGCGGCGCAUGAAAAUCGAGGAGACAUGGCGCCUGUGGCAGAAGUUUUUAGAUGAUUAUUCCCGCUUCGAAGACUGGCUCAAGGCCGCUGAGAGGACUGCAGCCUGCCCCAACUCCUCGGAGGUGCUGUACACGAGUGCCAAGGAAGAGCUGAAGAGGUUUGAGGCCUUCCAGCGGCAGAUCCACGAGCGGCUCACCCAGCUCGAGCUCAUCAACAAGCAGUACCGGCGACUGGCGCGCGAGAACCGCACGGACGCAGCCAGCAAGCUCAAGCAGAUGGUCCAUGAGGGCAACCAGCGCUGGGACAACCUCCAGAGGCGGGUCACGGCCGUCCUGCGGCGACUCCGGCAUUUCACCAACCAGAGGGAGGAGUUCGAGGGCACCAGGGAGAGCAUUCUAGUGUGGCUCACGGAGAUGGACCUGCAGCUUACCAACGUGGAGCACUUCUCGGAGAGCGACGCAGACGACAAGAUGCGCCAGCUGAACGGCUUCCAGCAGGAAAUCACAUUAAACACCAACAAGAUUGACCAGCUCAUCGUGUUUGGGGAGCAGCUGAUUCAGAAGAGCGAGCCCCUGGACGCAGCGCUGAUCGAAGACGAGCUGGAGGAGCUGCACCGCUACUGCCAGGAGGUGUUCGGCAGGGUUUCCCGCUUCCACCGGCGCCUCACAGCCCGCGCGCCGGGCUUGGAAGAGGAGAAGGAGGCCUCUGAGAACGAAGCAGACAUGGAAGACCCCAGAGAGAUCCAGGCCAACGCAUGGCGGAAAAGGGGAGAGAGCGAGGAGCCCACAUCUCCCCAGGCCCUCUGCCAUCUUGUGCCCCCAACCCUGAGCCAUGAGCGAUCUGGCUGCGAGACCCCCGUCAGCGUGGACUCCAUCCCGCUGGAGUGGGAUCACACGGGGGACGUGGGGGGCUCGUCUUCUCAUGAAGAAGAAGAGGAGGGCCCAUACUACAGCGCAGUGUCAGAUGUAGAAAUCCCUGAAAAUCCUGAGGCAUAUCUUAAAAUGACCACAAAAACUUUGAAAGCAUCUUCUGGGAAAUCCAUGUCUGAUGGCCACCCAUGGCACGUUCCUGACAGCCCUCCCCAUGCCAAGCAUCGCUACCAACACAUGGAGGACAGGAGUGACCCACCCGUCCCUUCAGAUGCCAGCACCCCUUAUAAACCUCCCUAUGUAAAACUGCUGUUACACCCAAGAACCGAUGCUGGCAAAGCAGCCACGGGAGUGUCCAACGGCAGCCCCCAGCAGGAGCAGCAGCAGCUGUCCAGCUUGACAGGACAGCACUCAGGUGCCUUUGACACAUGGGAGCUGGUACAAGCACAAGAGCUGCACAGUAAGCUCAGAAUAAAACAAAACGUGCAGCAGCUGAACACAGUCAUCAGCGACAUCUCUGCUUGGCUGGAAAAAACUGAAGCAGAGCUGGGAACUUUGAAGAUGGCCAAGCCUCCCUCAGACAUCCAGGAACUGGGCCUAGGCGUGCAGAGGCUGCAGGAGACAGCAAAAGCUUUUGACACCUACAAGGCUUUAAUGGUGUCUGUCAACGUGAGUGCCAAGGAAUCUCUGCCGAGCGAGAGCACCGAGUCCGCAGAGCUCCACCGUAGCCUCUGCCAGCUGGGCCUGCGCUGGGAGGCGGCCCAGGGCGAGAUGGACAGCUGGAGGGCAAGGCUGCGGCAGCUGCUGCUGCAGUGCCAGGACUUCCACCAGCAGAGUCAGAACCUGCUGCUGUGGCUGGCAAGCGCCGAAGACCAGAGGCAGAAGGCUCUUGCUGCCGACCUGGAGGCCGACCCCCAGGUUCUCCUGCACUGCCAGAAACAACUCUCGCAACUGGAAAAGGAGUUAAUAGAGCGCCAACCUCAAGUCAACUCCUUACAUGAGCUCUCUACCAGCCUCCUCCUCGAGGGGAACGGGGAGGAGUAUGUUGAGGCUGAAGAGAAGGUCCACGUGAUCAAGCAGAAACUGCAGCAGUUACGCGAGCAGGUGGCCCGGGAUUUACUGUCCCUGCAGAGAAGCCAGAACCCAGACCCAGCCCUGCCUGCCUUCGAUGAAGUGGACGCCGGGGACCAGCCUCCUCCGGCACCCGUGCCAGCUCCCCAGGCCAAGCAGUUCAGAGCCGAGGGGACCAUGGAGAACGAGGAUGAGGAUGACAGUGACGGCAGGGUGUCCGGCCCCGCCAACCCCAGCAGCUCGAAGCCACGGCGCUCCUUCCUCUCGCGGGUGAUCCGGGCGGCGCUGCCCCUGCAGCUGCUGCUGCUGCUGCUACUGCUGCUGGCCUGCCUGCUGCCUGCCUCCGAAGAGGACUACAGCUGCACCCAGGCCAACAACUUCGCCCGCUCCUUUUACCCCAUGCUGAGCUACACCAACGGGCCGCCCCCCACCUAGUGGGUGGGGCGGGAGCACAGUGCCACGCCACCAGCCUCCUGUCACAGGUGCCCAGCUCAAAGCCCCUGAGCGAGCUAUCAGAGACUCAUGUUGGCAAGGCUGGGACCUGUUUUAGGCGCCUCCCUCUGGGCUUGCCCAGGCCAGGGUGCCCUAGGCAUCCUGGCAAAGCUGGUCAACUCAUUGAACAGACUCUGGAAAGGGCAGUUUCCUGAGGAGCCGCGCACUUUGUGAAUCCUGACUUCUUUGUAAACCAGCAUUAUUUCAACAUAGUUAACAGCGCCCAUGAACAGCGGUGCACUCGUCCCGUUGUGUAUCUGAGAGAGACAAACAGGUUCUGCCUUAGAAGUGGUUCAGAAGCUCAGACACACCCUGAGCUCUGAGGGGUGGACACAGUCCCCUUCAGUGGGCAGUAGCAGCUCUCCUCCAAUCAGUUGUGGCUACCGGCUAGAAGCAGGGAUGCUCUGGGCCCAGGCUUACUCUUUUAUAUUGCUCUAAAUUUUUUAAGAAAUUUUAUUGCAUGGAUGUGGUUACUUGUGCAUAUUUUUAAACAAUGCUGAAUCUGUAUAAAUAAUGUAAACUUUGAUUUUUUUAAAAAUCUGAUUUUAGCUCAAGCUUUUGACUAAUGUACAGUAAAUGCCAAGCUACAGACUUGAUAGGGAUGUUUUUGUAAGUUAAUUUUAUAAGACUUUUCAAAGAGACACUUCAGGUGUGGUUGAACAGGGGGAGGGGUACAAAAACUUGAAGCUAUUUGUGAUAUGUACAACUCAGAUGUUUCUCAUUAAAACAUAAAAUUAGCCAAAGCACUGCUUCAAAGA